AACCCGGAGUCCGGAUCCGAUCCCGCUCUGCACAUUCCAAAGGUGGUGGCGAUGGCUGAAGAUGGGAACGAGGAGAUCAUGUUCAUCUGGUGUGAAGACUGCAGCCAGUACCACGACUCUGAAUGUCCCGAGCUGGGCCCAGUGGUCAUGGUCAAAGACUCCUUUGUGUUAAGCAGGGCAAGGUCAUCCCUUCCCUCCAACCUGGAGAUCAGACGCCUGGAAGAUGGAGCCGAGGGGGUGUUUGCUGUGACCCAGCUCGUCAAGCGCACGCAGUUUGGCCCAUUUGAGUCAAGGAGAGUCGCCAAAUGGGAGAAGGAGUCUGCGUUUCCAUUGAAGGUGUUCCAGAAGGACGGGCACCCCGUGUGCUUCGACACCUCCAACGAGGACGACUGCAACUGGAUGAUGCUGGUGCGGCCGGCGGCAGAGCCCGGGCACCAGAACCUGACGGCCUUCCAGCACGGCAGCGACGUGUACUUCACCACCUCGCGUGACAUCCCCCCGGGCACCGAGCUGCGCGUGUGGUACGCGGCCUUCUACGCCAAGAGGAUGGACAAGCCCAUGCUGAGGCAGGCCUGCCCUGGGCUCCACGCUGCAGGCACCCCAGAGAGCAGCACGCCAGUGGAGGCGGAACCCAGCCGGUGGGUGUGCAAGGUGUGUUCGGCCGCCUUCCUUGAGCUGCAGCUGCUGAAUGAGCACCUGUUGGGCCAUUUGGAACAAUCCAAAAGCGUCCCCCCAGCCGGCCAGCAGGAUCCGGCUGCAGAGAAGGAAGCAAACGUGCCCCGGGGAGAGACUCCCGCAGUUCCCAAGAGUGUCAGUGCCGCCAAAGAGCAGAAGAAAAAGCCUCGAAGGGGGAGAAAACCCAAAGCAUCCAAACCAGAGCAGCCUCUAGUUAUUGUUGAAGGCAAGGAGCCCGCAGAGCAAGUGGCAGAGAUCAUGACCGAGGUCGAGCCUGUGACUGCGUCGCCGGACGAGCGGAUCAUGGAGCUGGUUCUGGGGAAGCUGGCCACCACCCCCAGCGACGCCAGCUCAGUGCCAAAGUUCCCCCACCAUCAGAGCAGCGGCAUCACCCUCAAGAGGAGCCUGGUCCUCUCGAGCCGCCACGGCAUCCGGCGGAAGCUAGUCCGGCAGCUGGGGGAGCACAGGCGGAUCUACCAGUGCAGCAUCUGCAGCAAGAUCUUCCAGAACAGCAGCAACCUGAGCAGACACGUGCGCUCCCACGGCGACAAGCUGUUUAAAUGCGAGGAAUGCACCAAGCUGUUCAGCCGCAAGGAGAGUCUGAAGCAGCACGUCUCUUACAAGCACAGCAGGAACGAGGUCGACAGCGAGUACAGGUACCGGUGUGGCACCUGCGAGAAGACCUUCCGCAUCCAGAGCGCGCUGGAGUUUCACAACUGCCGGACAGAUGAUAAGACGUUCCAAUGUGAGAUGUGUUUCAGAUUCUUCUCCACCAACAGCAACCUUUCCAAGCACAAGAAGAAGCACGGGGACAAGAAGUUUGCCUGUGAAGUCUGCAGCAAAAUGUUCUACCGCAAGGACGUCAUGCUGGACCACCAGCGGAGGCACCUGGAAGGAGUGCGGCGGGUGAAGAGGGAAGACGUGGAGGCCGGCGGUGGCGAGAACCUGGUGCGCUACAGGAAGGAGCCGUCGGGAUGCCCGGUGUGCGGCAAGGUGUUCUCCUGCAGGAGCAACAUGAACAAGCACCUGCUGACCCACGGCGACAAGAAGUACACCUGUGAGAUCUGCGGGCGCAAGUUCUUCCGCGUGGACGUGCUCCGGGAUCACAUCCACGUCCACUUUAAGGACAUCGCGCUGAUGGAUGACCACCAGAGGGAGGAGUUUAUUGGCAAGAUUGGGAUCUCCUCGGAAGAGAAUGAUGACAAUUCCGACGAGAGUGCAGACUCGGAGCCUCACAAGUACAGCUGCAAAAGGUGUCAGCUCACCUUCGGCCGCGGGAAGGAGUACCUGAAGCACAUCAUGGAGGUGCACAAGGAGAAGGGCUAUGGCUGCAGCAUCUGCCACCGGCGCUUCGCCCUGAAGGCCACCUACCACGCCCACAUGGUCAUCCACCGCGAGAACCUGCCUGACCCCAACGUGCAGAAGUACAUCCACCCAUGCGAGAUCUGCGGGCGGAUCUUCAACAGCAUCGGGAACUUGGAGCGGCACAAACUCAUCCACACAGGUGUGAAAAGCCACGCCUGUGAGCAGUGUGGGAAGUCCUUUGCCAGGAAGGACAUGCUGAAGGAGCACAUGCGCGUGCAUGACAACAUCCGCGAGUACCUGUGCGCCGAGUGUGGGAAAGGCAUGAAGACCAAGCACGCGCUGCGCCACCACAUGAAGCUGCACAAGGGCAUCAAGGAGUACGAGUGCAGGGAGUGCCACCGCAAGUUCGCGCAGAAGGUCAACAUGCUCAAGCACUACAAGCGGCACACGGGGAUUAAAGAUUUCAUGUGCGAACUGUGCGGAAAAACUUUCAGUGAGAGAAACACGAUGGAGACGCACAAGCUCAUCCACACGGUGGGCAAGCAGUGGACGUGCUCCGUGUGCGACAAGAAGUACGUCACCGAGUACAUGCUGCAGAAGCACGUGCAGCUCACCCACGACAAGGUGGAGGCCCAGAGCUGCCAGCUGUGCGGGACCAAGGUGUCCACCAGGGCUUCCAUGAGCAGACACAUGCGGCGCAAGCACCCCGAGGUCCUGGCCGUGAGGAUCGACGACCUGGACCACCUCCCCGAGACCACCACCAUUGACGCCUCUUCCAUCGGUAUCGUCCAGCCUGAACUGAGUCUGGAGCAGGAGGACCUGGCGGAAGGGAAGCACGUGAAAGCCGCCAGGAGGACUCACAAGAGGAAGCAGAAGCCAGAGGAGGAGGCCGGCGCCGCGGGGCCCGAGGAGGCCGCCUUCAGCGAGUUCUCGGAGAAGGAGGCCACGUUCUCGGGCGGCGUCGGGGACGAGACCAACUCUGCGGUGCAGAGCAUCCAGCAGGUGGUGGUGACGCUGGGUGACCCCAAUGUGACCACCCCGUCGAGCUCCGUCGGCCUGACCAACAUCACCGUGACCCCCAUCACCACCGCGGCUGGGACUCAGUUUACCAACCUCCAGCCGGUGGCCGUCGGGCACCUGACCACCCCGGAGCGCCAGCUGCAGCUGGACAACUCCAUCCUGACCGUGACCUUUGACACCGUCAGCGGCUCUGCCAUGCUGCACAACCGCCAGAACGACCUCCAGAUCCACCCCCAGCCGGAAGCCUCAAAUCCGCAGUCGGUGGCCCACUUCAUCAACCUGACCACCCUGGUCAACUCCAUCACGCCCCUGGGGAGCCAGCUUGGCGAGCAGCACCCGCUCACCUGGCGGGCGGUGCCCCAGACAGACGUGCUGCCGCCCCCGGCCCCCGCCCCGCAGGCCGCCCAGCCCCCGGUGCCGGCCGAGCAGCAGCCGCAGAUGUACAGCUACUGAGUCACCUGGCGGGGACCUGGGGGAGAGAACCACAGACAGGUGGUCUGUUUUUGUUUUUAUUUGAGAUUUGUUUGCUGGAUACCAAACAAAAAACAAAACACCGUACGUUGCAGUAUCAGUAAGGUUGACUUAGCUUUUGCAGCAUUAUCUCCAAAUUCCCCAACAACCAUCACAGUCUUGUCAGCUGAACUCAGAAGUGACCCCGAGCAGGUCCCCCUGAGGCCCCAUGCUCUGCCCGGCAAGGCCAGGCCCCCAGGCUUCCCUCCCAGGAUGCGGAUGGACACAGGGUUUGGGGAAAGGAAACCCAGAGAGGAGCAGCCGGGUAAGACCUGUAUGUCAUCAGGGAUGUAAGUGGGUUGUUUCAUUUUUCCCUUUAGGGCUCCGCUACUGUGUGAAAAUGUAGCCAGUUUUCUCCUGGCUCCUGGACAUUUUUUGCUAAUGAGCAGAUAGGAGUUCAAGUAAUGUUUACUCUCUUUGAAUUUUGAGCUGAGUCAAAUUCAUUCUGCACCUUUGGGCUGAAGCCAUGUGGGAAGAUGCCCUGUGGGAGCGGACGCCCCUCCUCUGGGCCUUCACGAGUUCCUCUCUGGCAAGGGGUCACGUGAGGUCGCCGACCAAGGCAUCUUAGUGAUAGAGUUCGUGAAUCGAUUUUCAGCAUGGCUCUUUCCUUUUUUUUUUUUUUAAACUUCAUCUCGAGCAUACCUUGUGUGAUCGAGACUGCGGAGGCCAUGUCGUUCUCUAUUUUCCUUUAACACACAGAAGUCGUUUGCACUGUGGGACUGUGGGUCCCCGUCCAGCUCUACACGGCUGCCCUGAUGCCGGGGCCGUGAGCCUCAUGCUGACCCUUCUGGAGGCUCCUUGGAGUUGUCUCAGGAUUCUCUGCCAUCCAAAUAUAUUUAUUAUGGCUGAGGCGCAGACAGAAUCCCCUGCACUAGAGAACAGGGGAGAAAUUCAUGUCUUUUUUCUGUUUAAACUUUAAUUCCAAAGGUUGGUGUGUUUCAAGACCAGUUUUCUAUAAAAAUGUUGAAUGAGGUUGGCUCUUUACCCAAGAAAGGUAUAGGUUUCUCUGAAAUACGAAGACAGUGCUAUUUCCUGCCAAGUAGUAUGAAAGCAGAAAGGCUAUUAGCUGACCAGUAGAAGCGUCAGUGCCCCUAACGAAUGAAUGAAUGAAUGUGCUGAGCGACGGGAACUCUGCUCCCCCGGGGGACGCGCUUUCACACAUGUGCGCCCGUCUCAGAAGUGGCAGGUGAGGCUCAGGGCCACCAAGGUGGCAGCCGGCAGCCAGCCCUCCCACUGCCCAGCCAGGGAAACAGAGGCGGGCAAAGAAGCUUGAUUUCCACCCUCCUGAUGCUUUAACGCUGUCCAGAAUGAAAUGAUACGUUUGCCUUACUUUGUCCUGAUCAAUAUUUGUCCCCGAUCCUGCAUUGUUUGGGAGACCGUCAGUGGUGGAUAAACGAGGCAGAAUAACCUUAUGCUGCUAGUGAGGCUACGGACAACCUGUUACGCAAAAUGCAACGUCCUCAGCACUUCGCUUCAUUCCAAAUCGCAAGAUUUUGAGGAGGGGGCUAGGCUUUGAUUUGUGCAAUACAUGCUUUCGUGAACUAAGUUCAUCACCCACGCAGCAUGUGAAAGGGGCUUCAGGAUGCACCCUCCACACCCAGCUCACCGGUAACUCCCGACUCGCACCUCUCCCUUGAAUUAGUAGUGGGAGAUUGUUUGACUUUUAAUUUAUGAUAAUUAUUUUUAUGUUAUUUAUGUAUAUAAUUAACUGCUUUAUACAUAAUAGUUUCAUCAAAUGAACUUGGGCUGGGGGUGAUAUACUUUCUAAGUAUUGUCUCUGUUCUCCAAAUGUAAGUGGUCCAGGUAUCCGUGGAAUCAUCAAAAGCGCCAAGGUUCCUAAGGUAUUUUCUUAAAAAUCUCUGACCGUUUCCUUUUGCAUUUGCAGAAUAUAAGGGAUGAAUGACCAAGUAAAAAAUCCAAACAUGAUUGAACACCCGCUAGCAUUUAUCUUUUAUUCCUCUCCCCUAUGAAACAAAGGCCUUUUAAAUCACAAUUUUAUUUUUUUAAGAGAAGUUGUUUUUAUGCUUAGAGUAAGAACGCAUCAAAUGUCUUUAAAGAACCUGAUUUAGGUUGUGUGGCCCCAGUGUACUUCCCGCCGUUUAUUUAACUACACAGAUGCUUAAUCAUACUUCCUGUUACAAUAAGUGAGAACUCUUAAGUAAAAAUCAAAUUGACUCCUGAGUUUUCUGUAGAAAUAUUUGGUCUAAUAGGGUCACUGUCUGAGGCAAAAUAGGUUCGUGUUGUCUUAAAACAGUUGCUAUGAAUUUGCAUAUAAGAAACUGGGAAGCAAAAAAUAAAAAAUAGAAAGUACUCCUCAGCCAAAAGAGUUAUCAGCUGUAGACUCUUCUGCACCUCUAUCACUGUUUCCUGUUGGAAAAGAUUUACUUUUUUUUAACUAAUCCCAGUGCACAGCUGUAUCCAUAGGAGGAAAUUAGAUGGAGCCGUUGUGACCACUGAGCUCUGUGAAUCCCUCGGGGUUAUUCUAAAUUAAUAAACAGAAGAUGCUUGGUU